AUGGACCCUCUCGGGCCCGGCAAUGGCAGCGGGCACCCGCCAAACCGCCUCCGCAAGACUCCCACGCUCCAGAUCAACUCCCAGGUCCAGCGAGAGCCCAGCAACCCCUUCGCAGACGCCAGCAGCAGCAGCAACAACAACAUCUCCUCCGCCAGCACGCUCGCGGGGCCCUCGCCCAUCACGCCCCGGGCCCUCAUCUCGCCCCAGCAGCGCACCUUCUCGCCCUCCCCGGCUCCCGCAGACUCGCUCUCCCGCAACGAGUCCACCGAACGCCUCGCCGUGCCCGGGCCGGGAGGAAGCCUGCCUCGCUCGCGGGCCUACGUAGACGACUCCCAGAGCGGCUAUCCCUAUCCGACUUCUCAGAACCAGCAGCAGUUGCAGCAACAGCGUUAUUCAGGCGGUAAUGGCGGCGGUGGUGGUGCGUAUGGUGCAGACUACACCAGCUUCUCCUCGCGGCGCACCAGCUGGAGUUCGGACGCGGCCAGUCGCCAUGCCAGCUACGGCUACGGAGGGUACACCUACUCGAGCCCCUUUGACGACUCGCGGGUGCCCUCGAGGGCCGGCAGCAGCGACGACGAAGGUGGCAUCACCACGCAGACCGUGACGGAGAAGUUUGCCAUCUUCCCGGACGGAGACCUGAUCGUGUACCCGCACGACGUCGAAAAGGACGACGAGCUGCACAACCCGGACCCCAACGACAAGGAGCGCAAGUGCGAUAUCUGGCACAAGCGAGGCAUCACCAACAUCGGUGCCCUGAUCUUCCUCAUCGGCGGUGUCUUGACCCUCUUCAUCGGAUAUCCUGUAAUAUCGUAUAUCCAGGGAUUGACGAGCAUCAAGGGAGGAUGUGCCGGUGACCCCAUGUGCAUAGACGCGGAUAUACCGCUGCUCAAGAACAUACGGACCGGCCUGAUCGAUCCAGACACGCCCAAGUCCGCCAUGAAGAAGAAGUCCGCCAACGGAAAGGACCUCGAGCUAGUGUUCUCCGACGAGUUCAAUCUCGAUGGACGGACCUUCUUCCAGGAAGACGACCCUUACCUGCAGGCCGUCGACAUCUGGUACGGUGUCACCCAGGAUCUCGAGUGGUAUGAUCCCGAUGCUGUAACGACGAAGAACGGCAAGCUGGAACUCCGCUUCGACGCCUUCCAGAACCACUACCUCAACUACCGCUCCGGCAUGGUCCAGUCCUGGAACCAGAUGUGCUUCACCGGCGGCAGACUCGAGGCCAGCAUCUCCCUGCCCGGCCGAGGAGACGUCUCUGGUCUCUGGCCCGGUUUCUGGGCCAUGGGCAACCUAGGUAGACCCGGGUAUCCUGCCACCACAGACGGCAUGUGGCCAUACAGCUACCACGACAAGUGUGACGCCGGAAUCACCGCCAACCAGAGUGAUCCCGGCGGCCUCAGCUUCCUGCCGGGCAUGAGGCUCCCUGCCUGUACGUGUGAUGAUGCAGACCAUCCCACGCCAGGCAAAUCACGCACCUCUCCCGAGAUAGACGUGAUCGAAGCCAGUGUCCACGCUCUGCAUGGCGAGAAGAAGCCCAUCAACGUCAUUGGAGACGUCUCCCAGAGUUGUCAGGUCGCUCCCUUUGACGUCUGGUACAUGCCAGACUACGGAAAAGGAAAAAAUCAACUAACGAAAGCAGAUUUCACCGAGUUGUAUGACCCCGAAAUCACCAUCAUGAACGCCUACCGAGGAGGUGUCUACCAACAGGCCAUCUCCGGCGUCACCAACCUCAACAACAACUGGUACAACGGCAAGGAGUACCAGGUCUACGCCUUCGACUACAUCCCCGGCGACAAGGGCGAAAUCACCUGGUACGUAGGCAAGGAGAAGUCAUGGAAGCUCGACGCCCGCGCCCUCGGCCCCAACGGCAACGUCGGCCAGCGCGUCAUCCCCCGCGAGCCCAUGGCCCUGAUUGCAAACUUGGGCAUGUCCAACAGUUUCGCUGCCCUGAAUCUCACUGGCCUGGCGCCCCUGUUCCCCGCUACAAUGAGGAUAGAUUAUAUCCGCAUCUAUCAGGAAAAAGACAAGAAGAGCGUCACCUGUGAUCCGCCGGGAAUGGAGACAACAGACUAUAUCAGGAAGCACAAGGAUGUUUAUCACAACCCCAACCUGACCACAUGUGGACGUGGGCGUGCUGGAGGCUCUUAUAUACAUCCCUCGUACUCGAAUAAGAGCCUCCCUCGUAUCCCCGAUCCUCCUCCCCCAUCUCCGCGCCCUGCCUUUAGGCUUUUUUGCUCCCCAAUUCAAUCCCCGAAAUCUGAACAUGCGACACGCCAAGCGACUAGAACUUUUAGAGCGCCAGCCUUGCUAACCGUUGGAUUUUUGUUCCUCUUCCUACAGGGCGGAUACGGGCUAUCCUUGGCCGAAGAACAGCUUCGUGCAUGGUUGUGGUUGAGCCAUCUUGCUGGCACCGCGCCGUUCUCUCGGGCUGUUGUGGAUGGCCCUGGUAAAUAUAUCUCCCACUUGCCACCCAGGCAAACGAGGGAUGUUUACUGUUGGAUGACUCGACGUUGCCUGGAUCCCUGUCUUCCUCCAACAUCCAUCGUUCAACUUGGGGCGACCUGGCUUAAGACACAUCACACCUCCUCUUCCUCCACCAAAAACACCACCCACGCUACAUCCCGCCGUCAUGCCAUGCCGUGUCAUGCCAUGCUAUGCCAUCUCAAGCCAGCUCGAAUCGAGUCGAGCCUAAACAACCGAGAAACACGCACGAGUACCACAAACAACCACACAAGCACGCCAGAAAACGCAUACUAA